AUGUCAGAUUUCUUGAUAAUAUCGGUUCCUGCAGAAGGAGAUCCGACUAAGGCCUAUAGAGACCUUAGCACCGGUCUUACAAAGUAUCCGGUCGCUCAAUCUGUUACCGAAUUCGCUGUGCCUCAGAAUUUGAAGAGUGCCGUUUUUUGUAGCGUUACUCGCAAAAUUGCCCAGUAUAUGGGUGAAGUUUUGGAGGAACAGCGACACAAAUUGGAGGACAAUCUUCUUGUUAACGGAUUUUCUCCUAGCCUAUAUAUUAGUCAGUUUCAAUGGGAUACAGCUAAGUACCCAAUAAAACAAACACUUCAGUCUCUUUAUGACAUUCUCUCGGAGAAUCUCUCACGGCUUGAAGCUGAUCUUAGAGUUAGGUCAACAAAUUACAACAAUAUAAAGGGAGCAUUACAUGCUCUGGAGAAAAAACAGACCGGUAGCCUACUGACUAGAAAUCUUGCUGAAAUCGUGAAGAAACAGCAAUUUGUCCUGGGAUCUGAGUAUCUUAUAACGGUGGCCGUUGUAGUACCGAGAACAGCUUACAAAGAAUGGGAAGCCACGUACGAGACCCUGGUGAAUAUGGUGGUACCAAGAUCCACUGAAUUAAUUUUUGAGGACCAGGAUAACGGGCUGUGGACUGUAACUCUUUUCCAGAAGAUGCUUAAUGAUUUUACUCUACGUGCACGGGAAAAAAGGUUUAUCGUCAGAGACUUCGUGUAUGACGAGAAGGCGAUAGAAGAUAGUAAGAAUAUGUUUUCUAAGCUUGAAGCCGAUAAGAAGAAGCAGUUUCCUCCUCUCUUCCGAUGGCUUCGAGUAAAUUUUGGCGAAGCUUUUUCUAUCAUGAUGCACAUCAAAGCUCUCCGGAUUUUCGUCGAGUCUGUGCUCAGGUACGGUCUACCUGUUGAUUUUGAGGCCAUACUUAUUGUACCUAACCGAAAGAACUACAAACGGCUACGCGAGGUUCUCCACAACAUGUAUGAACACUUGGACAACUUAGCCCUAAGUAGUACAUCUGAUGAAGAAAUGGCUGGUGCUGGAAUGAGCCACGGGGAAUACUACCCUUACGUCUCCAUUAACGUUGAGACAAAUUUUGUAGACGCGCAUUAG